AUGGUCGGGACUUCUGGACACUGGCAUCAGUUGGAUGUUGCGGUUGUUGGUGGUGGGAUUGGCGGUCUCGCAGCAGCAACGUCUCUUCGCAGAGCAGGUCAUAAAGUCACCAUCUACGAGCGUGCUGACUACGCCGGCGAAGUCGGAGCAUCGAUCAGUUGCGCGGCGAAUGGCACGCGGUGGCUCGAGGAAUGGAACGUCAAUAUCAGUCUCGGGAAGUCGGUCAUUCUGCAGAAAUUAAUCCGUCAUGAUUGGGAAACCGGCGAGGUGCAGGAUGUUUAUGAUCUCUCGGAUUAUAAGGAUCGAUGGGGAUAUGUGUAUAACAUGUUUCAUCGGGUGAAUAUGCAUGAAAUGCUUAUGGAUUCGGCGACGGGAGAGGGUGAGGGUGUUCCUGCGAAGUUGAUGUUGAAUCAUUCGUGUGAAUCGGUAGAUCAUGAGACAGGCGUGAUUACGUUCAAGAAUGGGGUCACGGCCAGACAUGAUUUGAUUAUCGGGGCGGAUGGAAUUGGAUCCGCCAUCCGCCGAACACUACACAUAAACCCCGAACGCAAACAAUCCACCUCGACCUGCUACCACUGCGUGGUAGAGACAUCCGAGGUGCGUCGUCUCGGCCUAACCGAUCUAUCGCCGAACUGCGCGAUCGAAUUCUGGGGCGGCCAAGGCAUCAACAAGAUCGUCUUUUCACCCUGUCGCAACGGCGAAAUCCACUCCUUCUACUGCUUCUUCCCGACCGUGAUGAGCGACCACGCCGAAGAAGGUUGGAACCACGAAGCAACGCACGAACAACUACUCGCUCCGUUCCCAACUCUUGAUCCUAGAUUACUGGCUCUGUUCCGAAAUUCAGUCGAUAUCAAGCCCUGGCGUCUAUUCGUACAUCAGCCCUACCCCUACUGGCAGAAAGGACGCACCUGUCUCCUCGGUGACGCCGCACAUCCUAUGCUCCCCGAUCAGAGCCAGGGCGCAUGUCAGGCUAUCGAGGAUGCCGCAGCGUUAGGACUCAUCUUUGGUCGCGCGUACUCGUAUACUGAGGAUGUGAGGGAGGGGUUGAAGUUGUAUGAGAAGAUUAGGAAGUUGAGGGCGACUCGUGUGCAGGCGGCCAGUGCCCGUGCCAGAGAGAAUAUCUCAGAGCGGAUUGGAUUUUCCAGUCAGAAGAGUAGUAAGCGAUAUCGCGUCGAGGAUGAGAAUACGAAAUUGACCAUCGAGGAGAUGAAUGAAUACGAUAUGCAUGAACAUGUUGCGUCGGAGGCAGCUCCUGAGUAUCGUGGGCCGAAAUGGACGGAGAGGUAUCAAGCAUUUGCCCAACAAUCCAAAUUGUGA